AUCAAGCUGCAAGCUAGAUAGCGAGGUCGUAUUAAAAAAACUAUCCGAUGCAUUAGUGAUGCAUAAGGUCCAGGUAAUCCUCAAUUACUUUGUGACUGCUAUCGUAAUUGCUCCUCCAGCAGACGCCUCUUUUCGCUUUACUGUGAAACCUGCUGAUCCAAGCUACGUUAGAAAAGGCCGCACUGCUAAAUUAGUAUGGGACUACAAACCUUACGAUCAACAAACAACGAUUGUCCUCAGUGUAGCUGUUCAGAGUACAUUUGUACCAUUGCUCGCCAAACAGAAUGGCAGUGUGACCUAUUCCUCAAUUAUACCAUCUGCCUACAAGGGAAGAGUGAAGUUGGAAGGAAGAGCUACUAUGGUCAUUGAAAAUGUAACUUCUCAAGAAAAUCUUGCCUUUUUCCGAUGUGAGCUUUUAUCAAGUGAUUCUAGUAUAAUUCAACUGAUUUUGAUGGAGCCACCAAAAAUAAGUCUGUCAUCAUUACAAGGAAGUUACCGCCAGGGAUCCUUUGUUAAUAUCAGCUGCACAGCAUCAGGGAUUCCAGAGCCAGAUGUUACAUGGAUCAAAGACGGAACAGUGAUAGGUUCGAGAAAAAGAGCAGCAUUUCUUAUCUUCAACAGCAUAAGAAGAACAGAUGAUGGAUGGUAUUUAUGUAGGGUAAACAACACAGUUGGCAUUAUAACCAAUCAUACAACACUCAUUGUUUACCACCCGCCAACUAUACAAAGUGUAACCACGUCAUCCAGUAAGUCUGGUAUUGGUCAGACAGUGACCAUGAGGUGUUUUUCAAAUGGUGUUCCAACACCAACACUCACCUGGUACAAACCUGAUGGAAGUGAAUUAAACAGAGUAAGAGCGAGAGAAAACAAAGUGCACUUGAAACUCACGGGUGUUCAAGAUUUUGGAGAUUACAAGUGCAAUGCUGUCAAUGGAUUGAGUCCCUCUGAUGACAGAAUUAUGAAGAUAACACAAAUAAAUAAACCAGGCCCGCCAUUGAUGGGAUCAUCAGAUGAAGGUAUCCAAGCUAGUUCACUAACAGUACGGUGGACUGCACCAGCUGAUGAUGGAGGGAGUCCUAUCACAGGAUACCGAGUAGUCAUGCUCAAAGGCGACGCUGAGAUAAACAGUGUUAAUAUUACUGAUCCUGGUACAACAAGAUAUACUUUUGAAGGUCUGGACAGAGAUACAAACUACGCGUUGAAAGUGUUCGCAAAAAAUGCUGUGUUUGAAGGAGACCCUGUAGAAACCACGGUGAAGACAAAGUUUGAAGGUCCCCCGGCAAAAGUGGAAAUGUAUGACCUACCCAGUGAAAUAACAGAAGACGCAAUCAUCUUGAAGUGGAAGGAGCCAGAAAAAUAUGGAAAAGAAAUUACACAAUAUACUGUGUACCAAAGAAUAGCUACCGAUCGGAAAGUAGGAGAGUGGACAGUCGUAAAAAAAAUUAUGGACGUCUCAAUCAAACAGAUGACAGUCAGGUUGGAAAAGGGCAAGAUGUAUGAAUUUGUAGUAACUGCCACAAAUGAGCACGGUGAAAGUUCUAGAGAAGAAACAAAUAUCAAAAGAGUAAAAGUGGUAGAUCUACGAAACAAAAAAAGGAAAGCUUCAGAAGAAUGCAAGUGCUCAUGCCAAGACGUCAUGUUUAUAGCCAUAAUUGGAGUGCUUUCAUUCGUAAUCCUUGUGUUAUUCAUUUUCACUGUCUGGUUACAUAAGAAAGGCGCUGGAGAAAAACAGAGGGCGCAUAAAGACGAAAGUGCCUACGUGGGAGAUGUGGAGUUAAAGGACCUGGAAUUAAGCUGUCUUGACUCGGGCGACUUUCCCCAGCCUCCUGCAGAGUACAUGGAUAUAAAAGAAACAACCACAAAUGCUAGUCAAACACAAACCGCUGACCAAGCUUUUGCUUACGCGCCACUUCAUCCUUCGACACGCGCCUGGGAAGUAUCACGGGAUCACGUGACAAUAGAAAAAAUCAUUGGUAAGGGCGCUUUCGGUCAGGUUGCAAAAGGAAAAGCUGUAGACCUUCGUGGAAGGCCUGGAAUGACGACUAUAGCCAUUAAAAUGCUUAAAGAUGACGCCUCGGAUUCAGACAAGGGAGACUUGGUGAGAGAACUUGAAACGAUGAAGCAACUAAAACCCCAUCCACACGUCAUAAAACUUCUUGGAUGUGUAACAGAAAAUGAGCCCUUACUGGUGUUGAUCGAGUAUGUUUCUUUUGGAGAUCUGUUGGGUUACCUGAGGAAGAGCCGUGGAUUGAAUGACACUUACUUUAAAGACCCAGAUAUCAAACCACAAACAAAUCUGACGUCACAGCAGCUGAUAAAGUUUGCUUCGCAAAUCGCCGAUGGAAUGAGUUACUUGUCCUCAAAAUCUAUCAUCCAUCGAGACCUCGCAGCCCGAAAUGUGUUGGUCGGGGAAAACGAAACAUGUAAAGUAACGGAUUUUGGAAUGGCCAGAGAUGUGCAACAAGAAAAUAUCUAUGAAAGAAAGACAAAGGGUCGUCUUCCAGUAAAGUGGACAGCUUAUGAGGCGUUGAUGUACGGCACAUAUACCACCAAAAGUGACGUAUGGAGCUAUGGGGUUCUCCUUUAUGAGAUUUUCACAAUAGGUGGUUCACCAUAUCCACGGAUGGAUGGCAGGAAAAUUGCGAAACUACUUCAGCAGGACUACAGAAUGCCUAAGCCACAGCACUUGGACGACAUAUUGUACCAGAUCAUGAUAAGAUGCUGGCAAAAUGAUCCGGAAACUAGACCAACAUUUACUCAAUUGAGAAACCAGCUUAAGGAGAUGGAAACCCAACACAAGAGGCUGAUCAACAUGAAAAUGUACGACAAGCAGUUGUAUGCAAACGUCGAGGACUUAAACGUGUAGAUAUGUACGAAGUGGUGAAUUCCUCAUAUCUCGACUAACGCAGUUUUUAUAGCAAUCAUGAGUGGUAUCAUAUUCGCAAUUGGCUCGAAAUAUAAACUUGUUAGAAUGAGGCUGAAUUAAUUAGAGUCACACCUAUGGAUCUAUUAGAUAAUAUUGCAAAGAAUCCCAUUCUGAUCGAAAUCUUUCUAAACCUUUUUAAUGAUAACGGAGCCCUUCUCGAGCCAGUUUCCAAUCUUUUUAUUUAGUUUUUUGGUUAGUUUGUUUUUGUGAAAGUUCGUGUCAAAGGAGAGGACUUAAAAGAAAAAUGAAGAUAGCAAAGCAUAUUCUUUAAUGCUGACUAUUGUUUAUGACUUGCAGCCACCGUCUUCCAAAAGUAACCAAUCCUCUCCCCAGUAAGGUUCUUGUACGGGACCAUGAUAAUUGUAUAUACUGCAGCCUUAUAACUUGCGCUGCAUGCCUUAUCUAAUUUGUUCAAUUUAUUUGAAAAAAUAUGCUGGUAAGUAUCUGA